AUUCAUUCUGCCAACACCUCAAAAUAUCAAUUCUAGCCAGCUUCCCCACCUCUCUUGAGGCCUCCCACGGAGGACUGUUUAAUCCGCUGUACUCUAAUUGAUCUUUGCCAGAUCUGACUGUCUUCUUCAUCCCGGCCUCCCGCUUCCCUCUCAACCGUUCACCGGACAGAUACUGCACGGCCUUCUGGUCCUCCUCCUCCUCCUCCUCCUCCUCCUCCUCCUCCGCCGCCGCCGUCGCCGCCGCCGCCGCCGCCCUCUCUCAACUGCACAAUGGGCAAAUACAACCUCACAGCGCUCCGCGUGCGCGAAAAGGCCCUCCUACAGAAGAAGGUCGUCAAGCAGGCAAAACUUCCUAUCUGGGCCGAUGUUAUCGGCAAUAUCCCUCCCGCUCAGGUCCUCGUCCGAAAUCAAGCCCACCAACAUCAAUUGAUCCGCCAGCGCGCGAUAAGUGCCAAAACUGAAAACGGUACUAAGACGCAUCACGUUUUCCAAGUUCAAGAAAAGAAGGUGAAGCCGAAGAAGGCCAGCCGCAUGUUUCUACCUACCGAGAUCAAAUACGAGGAGGAUCAGCUACGCAAAGAAUUCUUCAAGGACCAUCCUUGGGAAUUGGCUAGGCCACGAGUGCUCCUUGAAACCACCGGCCAGGACUGGGUUAACCACGACUGGAGCCGGCUCCAGCAGCCAGGAAAGAGGUUGGAUGGUGAGAGUGUCGUUCAGCGCCAACUCUGGCUUCUGAACAAUGUUGUUGGAAUGUCCAAAAGCGCCGCUUACGAUAUUGCUCGUCGUGAAUUCUAUCGACUCCGUCUGCGCGAGGAUAUCGAACGACGAGUUGCGGCAGAAGAAGCCGAGGCUACUGGUGCUGUCUUUGGACCUACGCAGCUGGAGAUUGGUAUGAAACUCGAGAACCAAGAGUAUGAGCGCUGGAAGGUCUGGGCGAAGGAUGAAGCUCAGGUCCUGGAAGCGAAACACGCAGCAAUGGCCGGUCCUGUAGUACCGGACAAUGAGGACUCCGUGAGCGUAGGAGAAGAUCCUGCCGAUGAAAGCGAAAGCGUGUUUGAAUAGAGGAGCCACUUGAGAUGUCUUGGGAUUGGUAGGAGAGGUUUGGGGGGGGGUAUUUUUUGGGAAAUGUAUGUACACUACUACUACGGGACUGUUGCAGUUGAGAUCUCUGGGGUUCAAUUUGUUUGUACUGUUACUUAAAGUUUUAUACUUCUUUUGUUAUUGCAUUGAAUCUCUUUUUAUCUUCUUUUGACCUCAUUUGUCUUUAAAGUAUUUAUCUACUGUCCAAU